AUGGAUUUCUUCAACGAUGUCAAUAGUUUUAAUGACAAUGAAGGUGGUGAUGAUUUCAUCAGUUUAUUUGAAAACUCUUCUCUUCAACAACAGAAUGGUGAAACUACUGAAAAUUUAAUGGUAGAUAAUAAUGAUUCACCUAUGUUCAUGCAAAGUGAUUUAGAGAUGCAUGAGUCUCCUGCUUUAUCUAACACAUUGCCAUUCGAUGGUGCCUCCGUGCAGAAUACUCUCUCACCUCAAGAUAUACUGGCUCGUAACACAGGGUCAGUCACAUCACUACAUCAACAGAUAUCAAUGUCACCACAACAAGUCUUCUCACCAAACCUAACUCAGAAUAAUAAAUUAAAUCAAAAUUUUCAGACUUCUUUAUCAAACCAAGCAAAUAGUAAUAGUAUAGAAAAUAGUAGCAAUGCAAGUAUAGGUAUUAACAAUGCCAUGAUUGGCAUAACUGUGGAUCCAAAAAUGUCAGCUGCAAGUACACUAGGAACGACAUCCAGCAUCGUACCACAGAACAUCCUGACAAAUAACUUACAGCCACAAACACAAAUACUUCAAAAUGUUCAAAAUAUGGAUAAGAAUGAUAGUCCGUUGACAGGCAAUAAUAAUGUCAACCCAAGUAUGAUGGUAACCCCUCCAGUAAAAACUCAUGCUACUAAAACAGGCAGGAACAACAAGACUACAAAGGCUGCUAAAUCCGCUAAAACAUCAAGAUCUGCUAAGGAUACAAAAGCUAAUAGAAAUAAUAAGCAAAAUAGUGCUACCAGUUUGAAUGCAGCCAAUAUAAUGGAUAAUAUGAAUGUCAAUAAUGUGAGCAGCAUGAACAACAUAAAUGUGAGUAACAUGAAUAACAUGAACGCAAGUAACAUAAACCCAACUAAUAUAAACAAUAUUAGUAUGAAUAAUAUGCAUAAUAUGGGCAACAUGAAUAAUAUGAACAGCAUGAAAAUGAACAACAUGAACAUGAGUAAUAUGAAUGUAAACAAUAUGAGUCCAAAUAACGGUACCCCAAAUAACAUGAAUAACAUGAAUAACAUGAGUAACAUGAGUAACAUGAAUAACAUGAACAUGAAUACUAUGAACAUGAACAACAUGAAUAUGAAUAACAUAGGUAAUAUGAAUAAUAUGAAUAAUAUGGGUAAUAUGAAUAACAUGGGUAAUAUAAAUAACAUGGGAAAUAUGAAUAACAUGGGUAACAUGACUAGCAUGGGUAAUAUGAAUAACAUGGGAAAUAUAAACAUGAGUAAUAUGAAUAACAUGAGUAAUAUGAAUAUGAAUAACAUGAGCAACAUGGGCAACAUGAAUACCAUGAAUAAUAUGGGGAAUAUGAAUAUUAUAGCUCAAAAUAAUAUUGACAUGAAUAACAUAAAUGUAAAUGGUAUGAACAUGAACAGUAUGAACAUGAGCAAUAUGAACAUGAACAAUAUGGGCAUGAAUAAUAUGAAUAACAUUAAUAAUCAACAAUCCAAUUCAAACAAAGUUCAAAAUUCAAAUAAUCCAAACCCUAAAAAUGGACUAUUGAAUACUAAUAUUGCCAUGUUGAAUAUGAUACAGAAGAAACAACUAGCUGAACAGAUUCAGAGAAAUCAACAUCAAAAGACUUCAGCUCAACAGCAGAAAAAGCAAAUACAGAAGGAAACUCCGAAAUCUCGCCAACAGCAAAAGAAAGUUCAGAAACAACUACAGUCAGAGAUGGAACUUCAGCAGAAAAUGCAAGGGAAACAAGGCCUAUUAAAUGAAAAUUCAAGAAAUAUAAAUAAUAUUCAAGUGUUUCAAAAAGAACAAGCACACUCUUCUCAAAGUUCACCACAAACCCCGUCAUCUGGUAUGCAACUUCAAACUGUAUUACAAAAUUUACCAGUUGAAUUACAACGUAGGAUAUCAACAGAAGUUAAUAACAAGCAAUAUGAGUUGUUUACAAAAUCUGUUAUUGAAAAUUGUAAGAGAAAUAAUAUAACAUUACAAGCUAUACCAGAAAUACAAGGCAAAAAGAUAAAUCUAUUUAUGUUAUAUAUGUUAGUACAGCGCUUCGGUGGUGGUGAUCAGGUAUCACGUAACCAACAAUGGUCAGUAUUGGCUCAAAGGCUACAAAUAACAGAUACACAAAGACUGGCCAGUCUAUACUAUCAGAUUUUGUUGCCAUAUGAGAAAUACACAUCAUCCACAGAAGGUUUAAAAGAAUCACAGGCUAAAAAAUUGUUUUUACAACAAUAUUUAAGUGAAAUAUUGAAGAAAGUACAAUCAUUCAAUUUGCAACAACAACAGCAACAACAACAACAACAGCAACUGCAACAAGUAGUAGAACAGCAAAAGGUGCAGGCUCAUAAUGCUUUUCAGAGCAUGGAUAAACAAGGCAAUUUAAACAUACCACUUAACACAAAUACCAUGAAUACGCCUUCCAAUAUAACUCCUGUAGGACGGUUAGAUAAUCCAAGUACUGCACGCUCUAAGAAACCAAGGAAGCCAAGGCAAAAGAAAAAGACUAAAAAGGAGUUAGAGCAAGAAAAGAGGAAAGUGGAAGAAGAGCAAAGGAAGCAGCAGCUAUCAAUUGAGCAACAACAAAAGGAGCAAUUGACUGAGAGGGAUAGGAAAUUUCAGGAACAGAAUGAAUUACUAAAAAAAAGAUAUGAAGAAGAAUUAUCAAAAUUACCUAAAAAAUAUGUCAGAACGGUGGUUAAGAAUUAUAAACCUAUUUCAAGACCACUUAACAAUAUUAACGGUGUUAAUAUAGACCAGGUGGCUAACAUAGGUAGCAAAAUAAAUUUGAAUAAACCAAUCUUUUUAUUUGUUCCAGAAUUAGGUACUGUAAACUUGAAAGCCUUAACCACUGCUUUAGAAUCCUCCAACUUAGGCGAAGUCAACACUGCAUUGAACACACUAUUUGUUGUUAGUUCAGAUACAAACUUAAAUAUUACUUUGGAGAAAAAUGCUGAUUUGCUGGACGCGUUGUGUGUUCUUGGUAUAAAUUGCAUGCAUUCCUUAAUCACAAACAAGGUUGAGGGAAGAAAAACUCAAAUUAGUUGCGUCAAUAAUGAUGAAUACGAGAUUUCUUCUGAUCAAGAUGAUUUGAAUGAGCCUAAAUCAAAAACAAAUAUUAAUAUGAAUACCAUUUUUGAAGAAUACAUUAAAAGUCAUCCAAAUUCAUCGGAUGUCCCAAUCGUUGUUGACUCAUUAACAGGUCUCGAUAUUGAACAACUACCACCUGUAUUAUCCCCAGCUACUACACCUCUUGAUAUCACAGAGCAAAGUGAAGGUAUUUCCGAAUCUACGACUAGAAAUAUUAUUAAUGAAGCGCCCCAUCACAUGUCUUACUUGCCAACACCAAUUAGGUUUUUAUCCAAUCAACAUAUGGCCGAGCCAGUCGUUCUUGAUUAUAUGGCAUCUACGAAUCAAAUAAAACAAGAAACUGAUUCAAUUUUUACGAAAGUGAAUAUUCGAGGCUCAGAUGACGCAGCCCUAAUGUUAUGCGAUCAAAUUUCUACGAUCUCAAUGAUUUUGAGAAAUCUAUCCUUCUCUAAUAGCAACUCCAAGAAACUGGUUAGAAACGUUUAUUUGAAAAGAUACUUUUCAGAUUUGAUGUGGCUCUUGGUUACAAACCCUGAAGUUUUCAUACAUUCUAGGAAGGCCUUUAACCUCAAGAAAGAUGUUGUUGCAACGUUCUCAAAUAUAUCUCACAAAUUUAAAGUGUCAAAUACAACCGAUAUAAUUCUAUUCAUCAUGAUAAUACUAAGUUUUGGCAUAUCAAAGAGAGGUGCUAAGAUCCAUGGAUCAGAUAAGCUAACCUUUAAAGAAUAUCCCUUAGAUGUUAGUCGCUACCAUUCUUUUGGUGUUGAUACUAUUGCAAAGUUGUUAUCAGUCGAAUCACCUAACAGGAUGUUAUUUAAACAAGUUUUAUUGAAUGAUUUCAAAGAUUUGAAUAAUUCUAGAGAUAUUGAAGCGGCUAAGAGAUUGAUAAGAUUGUACAACAAUGGAGAUAAGUAUAGGAUUUUGAAUGAUGUUUUUUCAUAUUUAAUUUCAUCAAUUCCAUUUUCACAAAUUUUUACGAAGCCUACGAUUAUAGAAAGCACAUCACCGAUAAUAUUUCAAAGUUUGACUGCUGUGUUAUGUAUUAUAAAGUCAUUUGAAACAGAAACAUUGACCAAGAAUAUGUAUUAUAAAUGGAUAACAGCAGAAGAGAAUAUAAUUUCCAACUUAAAAAGAUUAAGUGAAUUAAUGUCCAGGACUAGUAUCGAUACUGAUUCAAAUCUAGUUUAUUUAAAACGUAUUUACACAUCCGUUAGCAUAUUAUCAUUAGAAUUGACCAACGUACUAUUGAGGAAAUGUAUUAAUUAUGUCUCUGACAAUAAGAAUGACCAAUCCGAGAUAUACAAAUCAAUUUUAUCGAUCCCAAACAUUUUAUCGUCCGAGAAAGAAUCGGCAACCAUGUUAGCAAACCCAUUGAUCGAUCCUAACAUUGUGAAACAUGUCAUGGAGGAGCUAAGGAUCAGGGAAGAAAUCCUACACGAAGCAGAGAUUAACUAG